AUGUCAUCCAGAUACGCAGCCGCCCGCCCAAAACGCGCCGGCGAGUCCUUUGCGCGCGCGCACCACGCCGGCGGCCACCACGAUGACGACCACGACGGGCCCUCGUCCUCCAAAAGGGUCAAGUUCGACGUGCGCAACCCCUCCGCGCUCGCCCCCGACUCGCGCGACGACGAAGAAGACGCCGAAGAUGCCGCCGUCCUCGACGCCGACGUCAUCGGCAAGGGCCCUGGCGCCACCAAGCGCGGCGCUGUGAACAUUGAUGGCUACGACAGCGACUCCGAGAACGAGACUUUCAACGACCGCGCCGAGCGGAGGGAAGCCAGGGGCGCCAAUGGCGGUGGUGAUGUGGACAUUGCAGACAAGCUGGACAACUACGACAGGAACCUGCGCAACGGGGGCGCAGGCGCCGACGGCGGUGGGGCCGGCGGCGACGAGGACGAGGACAUGUUCGCCGCUGAUGAUGAUGACCCCGACGAGCAAGAUACCAACGACCCAGCCGCGCCGAGCACCACGUCGCGGGGCAAGAAGGGCAAGGAGGUCCGCUUCCUGGACGCGCACAAGAUAGAGGGGCAGGAGAGCACGAGCAAGAGCGGCGGGCACAUCCACCUGGACGAGCAGGAUGCCAGCAGCGACGAUGAGGAGGACAUUGAGCUGGCCAUCCAGGAGGAGGGCAUCGACGAGGAGGUCGGCAUGGGGGGCCUGAAGCGCAAUGCGCCCAAGAUCGACGCGUUCAACAUGAAGAACGAGCAGGAGGACGGCGCCUUCGACGAGGCCGGCAACUUCAUCCGCAAGGCCGUCGACCCGGACGCCGUGCACGACCGCUGGCUGGACGGGGUGUCCAAGAAGGAGAUGAAGAAGGCACGCGAGGCCCACGAGAGGCGCGAGGCCGAGCUGCGGGCCGCGAGGAAGGAGGACGACACUCUCCUCACCCAGGACCUGCUGCGCUCCCUGAUCCUGCACCUCGAGCGGGGCGAGACGCCGAUCGAGGCGCUGGCGAGGCUGGGCCGGGCGCGGAAAACCGACCACAAGAAGGUGCCCAAGUGGAAGCUGAAGAAGCUCAAGGGCAAGGAGAAGAAGGACGGCGACGCGGACGCCAUGGACGUCGACCACGGCAAGGAGGCCGAGGACCCGGCGCAGGCCAGGGUCAAGGAGGCCAUCAACGCCAUCACCGAGGCGGCCGACAAGCUGCUCGCCAGGGAGUACGCAGAAGUCUACGAGACGGAGAGGGAGCUGCUCGUGAGGGAGUGGCAGGACGAGGCCGGCGAGCGCUGGAGGGAGCCCACGCCCGCUGCUGAGGCGGACACCGGCGGCGGCGGCGGCGGCAACACUGCUGCCACGGGCAACAAGAUGUGGGAGUACCGAUGGACCGAUGGCCGGGAUGGCGAGUCGGUGCAAGGGCCCUACGACGGCCCGACGAUGAAGGCCUGGCAAGACGCUGGCUACUUCGAGGGCGUCGAGUUCCGAGCCGUGGGCGACGAUAGCUGGGAUCGCUUAGCAGAGUUCGUUUGA